UUCGUUUUCUGUUUGCUUUCUUUGCUGUGAUUUCCUUGAAAUGAGCCAAGCAUAAAUCCAUUCCAAGUUGCUGAUUGCCUAAGCCUGGAACCAAGCCCUCCGUAUCAAAUGUCACAUUAAAACCAAACGCUCUGAGGAAGUGCCCUCAAUUUGCAAGAACUUCUGAAUAAGAGCCAUCGGUAGAUACCCCCUUAAAGCUCAUUCCAAUGGACCAGCUAACGAGAGGCAUCCAUAGUCUGGAUUUAAGGGGAAAUUAUCAACCCGGUGAGCUUGUGCUCAGAGGAGGCCACGCCUUCCCGGUGCUGAAGUCUUCAAACGGCCAAAUACUCAUUGCGGCAUCUUACUAUGGCAGAGGCAAAAUGGUGGUGGCUUCCCACGAAUUGAUUCUACCAAGCCAGCCUGUGCAGCCCUUUAUUAGAAAUGCUUUGGAGUGGCUGAAGCCGAGUUCCUCGUCAACAGUGGGAUUCCACAGCACCAUGUAUUCCUUGUACCAGGCACUGCAGGGCUGUGGCCUGAAGCUUAACCCUAAUGGAAAGCUUGAGGAGUCGAUAGGGGUGUAUUGCCGAGAUGCCUAUGAUGACUCGCAAGUUGCCGAAAUCCUGAAUUUUGUUAAGAAAGGUGGGGGAUUGCUCAUCGGAGGCCAGGCCUGGUACUGGUCCUACUCGAAUGGAAAACACAACGCGUUGCAUGCAUACCCUGGGAACAAAAUCACAGGUCCUGCCGGGAUCUACUUCACGGGUGAAGUUGCAGAUAAUGGUGUCUACCAAGUGUGCAGAUAGCAGGGAUCCUGAUAUCACCCAAUAAGCAAGAAUUGAAUCCCUCGAUCCUUCUACUUCUGCAUUCCUUGGGGAAGUAAAGAGAAGCUAACAGGCAUUUCAACUGCUUUAUAAACACAGAUUUCACUGCCAAAACCAUUGCAUUAACCAUCUACAUUCCCAUUCUCUCUUCUUAACCUGUGCAUUUUGGCAUUUUUAGUUGGCAUUCAUGAUUCCCUUUCUUUGUUUUCUUUGGCCAUGGUGGCACAGUGGUUAGAAAGCAGUACUGCAGGCUAACUCUGCUCACUGCCAGGAGUUCGGUUCCUUCAAUCCUGACUGGCUCAAGGCUGACGCAGCCUUCCAUCCUUCAGAAGGGGAUAAAAUGAGGAUCCAGAUUGUUGGGGGUGGGGAGGGCAAUAUGCUGAUUCUGUAAACCGCUUAGAGAGGGCUGUAAAGCACUGUGAAGCAGUAUAUAAGUCUAAGGGCUAUUGCUAUUUGUGAGAGCAGCAUAUUCCCACCCAUUAAGCAGUGGAGAUGUUACAGUCGUAAAAGUGUAUUUUGCACAGCAUCAACUCAUUGCCUUCAACUAACAUCCUGCUAGAAUGACAAGAAAAUCAGCUUUGCGGUGUGUGAAAUAAGGAACCGAAUCUAAUGACCCGCAUGUUUAAGUUCUUCAGGGCAAGAUUUGGUGGGCAACUAGUGGACUAGUUAAAGAACUGUUCUAUGGAAUCCAUGGGAAGAACUGCCACCUGCAGUUUUACCUUGGUUAACAUCCAGCAUCCAGUUUUAGUCACCACAAAAAAGAUUUUUGGAAAAAGUGCAGAGAAGAGCAAGUAAGACGAUAAAAGGCCUGGAGACUAAAACAUAUGAAGAACGGUUGCAGGAUUUGGGUUUGGCUGGCCUAGAGGGGACAUGAUAGCAGUAUUCCAGUAUUUGAGGGGCUGCCCCAAAGAAGAGGGGGGUCAACUUAUUCUCCAAAGCACCCGAAGGCAAGACAUGAAACAAUGGAUGGAAAUUAAUCAAGGAGAGAAGCAACCUGGAAUUAAGGAGAAACUUUCUAACAGUGAGGAUAAUUAACCAAUGGAACAGCUUGACUUCCGAAGUUGUGGGUGCUUCAUCACUGGAGGUUUUUAAGAAGAGACUGGACAGUCCCUUGUGUCAAAUGGCAUAGAGUCUCCUGCUUCAGCAGGGGGUUAGACUAGAAGAUCUCCAAGGUCCCUUCCAGCUCCAUUCUGACAAUCUCAGAGGAACUGCUGCUUUUUUCUUCCUCCUUCAGCUGAACUGACUCUGCAAACCGACUUUCACAUCCAGAAAACAGAGCCAGUCUUGAGCCUGCCUGGUUUUACGUAACUGGAAGUUCGAGAAAAUUAAAGCAGAACAACCCUGCAUAGAAAACUCACACAUGAUUUUGUUUUUUUGCUUGCUUUAUAAAUGUCCUUUGCUUUGUCUGCUAUAAAAACCUUCAAGAAAAGCUACAUGCAUGCAUUUAAAUCAAAGAACAGCAGAUGCAAAAAUAACAAAGGAAGAACAGAAAUGAAAUAAAUAUAUAAAUAAAUUUCA